AUGGCCGACACCGAUCCCAAAGGCUUCAAGCGCUCCAGCGCCGACAGAGAGGGCAGCUCGAGGAAGAAGGCCAAGAAGGAGGAAUCCGACUCAGAGGAACCCAAGUACAACCCUUACCUGGCGCAUAUGGACGACAGCGGCGUGGACUCCAGCUCGGCCUUCGCUGGUUUCAAGCAGCGCGCCACCACCGCCAAGCAGGCUGAGAAGGUCGAGGACCUCGAUACCAACGCCUUCACCGGCCGUCCCCAUUCGCAAAAGUACUUCCAGAUCCUGCAGACGCGCCGGGAUCUGCCAGUCCAAAAACAAAGACAAGAGUUCCUCGACAAGUACCACUCCACCCAGAUUCUCGUCUUUGUCGGCGAGACGGGUUCCGGAAAGACGACACAGAUUCCCCAGUAUGUCGUCUAUGAUGAACUUCCCCAGCUCAACCGCAAAAUGGUCGCCUGCACCCAGCCUCGCCGUGUCGCCGCCAUGUCCGUCGCCCAGCGUGUUUCCGACGAGAUGGAUGUUGAGCUCGGCGAGGAGGUCGGAUACAGCAUUCGUUUCGAGGAUAGGACAAGCCCCAAGACGAUCCUGAAGUACAUGACGGACGGUAUGCUUCUCCGAGAAGCCAUCCACGACCACGAAAUGUCCCGUUACAGCUGUAUCAUCCUCGACGAGGCCCACGAACGUACCCUCGCCACCGAUAUCCUCAUGGCCUUGCUCAAGCAGAUUGCUGCCCGCCGUCCCGACCUCAAGAUCAUCGUCAUGUCCGCCACCCUCGAUGCCCAAAAGUUCCAGCGCUACUUCAACGAUGCCCCUCUUCUCACCGUCCCCGGCCGUACCUUUCCCGUCGAGAUCUUCUACACCCCCGAGCCCGAGCGCGACUACGUCGAGGCGGCCAUCAGGACGGUGCUGCAGAUCCACGCUUCCGAGGGCGAGGGAGACAUCCUGCUCUUCCUGACGGGUGAGGAGGAGAUCGAGGACGCGUGUAGGAAGAUCAAUCUCGAGGCCGACGAGAUGACGAGAGAAAUCGACGCCGGGCCCCUGGCAGUCUACCCCCUUUACGGCACACUGCCGCCGCAUCAGCAGCAAAAGAUUUUCGACAAGCCCCCGGCCCCCUACAGGAAGGGCGGCCGGCCGGGUCGCAAGGUCAUCGUGUCGACCAACAUUGCCGAGACGUCGCUGACAAUCGACGGUAUCGUCUACGUCGUCGAUCCGGGCUUCAGCAAGCAGAAGAUCUAUAACCCUCGCAUCCGUGUUGAGUCGCUCCUGGUCUCGCCCAUCUCAAAGGCUUCGGCCCAGCAGCGUGCCGGUCGUGCCGGUCGAACAAAGCCCGGAAAAUGCUUCCGCCUCUACACCGAGAACGCCUUCAAGAAGGAGCUCAUUGAACAAACGCACCCCGAGAUUCUGCGCUCCAACCUGGCCAACACGGUGCUCGAGCUGAAGAAACUUGGCGUGCAAGACCUUGUCCACUUCGACCUCAUGGACCCCCCCGCCCCUGAGACCAUGAUGCGCGCCCUCGAGGAGCUCAACUACCUGGCCUGUCUCGACGACGACGGCGAGCUGACGACCCUCGGCAGCCUGGCGUCCGAGUUCCCCCUCGACCCGGCGCUGGCCGUCAUGCUCAUCUCCUCGCCAGAGUUCUACUGCUCCAACGAGAUCCUCUCCAUCACCGCCCUUCUCUCCGUGCCGCAAAUCUGGGUCCGCCCGGCCGCGCAGCGCAAGCGCGCCGACGAGAUGAAGGCGCAGUUCUCCCACCCCGAGGGCGACCACCUCACGCUACUCAACGCCUACCACGCCUUCAAGGGCACGGCCAACCAGCCCGACGUCGAUCCCAAGAAGUGGUGUCACGAGCACUUCCUCUCGUUCCGCCACCUCAGCAGUGCGGACAACGUCCGCGCCCAGCUGAAGCGCAUCAUGGAGACCCACGGCCUCGAGCUCAUAUCGACGCCCUUUGAAGACAAGAACUACUACACAAACAUCCGCCGCGCGCUUCUCUCGGGAUUCUUCAUGCAGGUCGCCAUGAAGGAGAGCUCCGGCAAGGUGUACCGCACCAUCAAGGACGACCAGGCCGUCAUGAUGCACCCCUCGACCGUCCUAAAGACGGACUACGAAUGGGUACUUUACAACGAGUUUGUCCUGACCUCGAAGCAGUACAUCCGUACUUGCACCGGAAUCAGACCGGAAUGGUUACUGGAAAUUGCUCCGGUCUACUACGACCUCGCCACUUUUGAGAAGGGCGACGUGAAGACGGCCCUCACCCGUGCCGCCGAGAAGAAGCGCCGCAAGGAGGCUAUGAAGAACGGCCGGUGA